CACAAAAAGCAAACAAGUUCUAUAUCCAGCUGACUAGCCACAAGUACUACGCACGUACAGUGUUAGCGCUACACACACGUACGGACAUCCGAGUGUGCGCACGCACCAGAGCUAUGGGGAGGCAGAUCGCCGCCCUGUGCGGCCUUCUCGUGGUGCUGCUCGAGCUCACGUCCGGCGUCAAUGCACAGACGGAGAUCCUGUUUCAGGGGUUCAACUGGGACUCGUGGAACAAGCAAGGUGGCUGGUACAAUAUGCUCAAGGCCCAGGUCGGCGACAUCGCCGGCGCCGGGGUCACACACGUCUGGCUGCCGCCACCUUCGCACUCCGUUUCAUCUCAAGGCUACAUGCCGGGCCGGCUCUACGACCUGGACGCGUCCAAGUACGGCACGGCGGCGGAGCUCAGGUCGCUCAUCGCCGCCUUCGGCGCCAAGGGCAUCAAGUGCGUCGCGGACGUCGUCAUCAACCACCGCUGCGCCGAGGACAAGGACGGCCGCGGCAUCUACUGCAUCUUCAAGGGCGGAGGACCCGAGGGCCUCCUGGACUGGGGUCCCGGCAUGAUCUGCAGCGACGACACCAAGUUCUCCGACGGCACGGGCAACCGUGACACCGGCGCCGACUUCGCCGCCGCGCCCGACAUCGACCACCUCAACCCGCGCGUCCAGAAGGAGCUCUCCGACUGGCUCAACUGGCUCAAGUCCGACCUCGGCUUCCACGGCUGGCGCCUCGACUUCGCCAAGGGCUACUCGGCCGACGUCGCCAGGACGUACGUCCAGAACACGAGCCCCGGCUUCGUCGUCGCGGAGAUAUGGAACUCCCUCAGCUACGACGGCGACGGGAAGCCCGCCGUCAACCAGGACGCGGAGCGGCUGGAGCUGGUGAACUGGGCCAAGGCGGUCGGCGGCCCUGCCAUGGCGUUCGACUUCACGACCAAGGGCAUCCUGCAGUCGGCGGUGCAGGGCGAGCUGUGGAGGAUGCGGGACAAGGAGGGCAACGCUCCCGGGAUGAUCGGCCUGUUGCCGGAGAAGGCGGUCACGUUCGUGGACAACCACGACACGGGCUCGUCGCAGAAGAAAUGGCCGUUCCCGACCGACAAGGUCAUGAUGGGCUACGCCUACAUCCUCACCCACCCUGGAGUUCCAUGCAUCUUCUACGAUCAUGUCUUCGACUGGAACCUGAAGCAAGAGAUCUACGCGCUGGCGGCGGUGAGGAACCGCAACGGGAUCAACGCCGGGAGCAAGCUGCGCAUCCUGGCGGCGGAGAGCGACAUGUACGUGGCGGCGGUUGACGAGAAAGUUAUCGUCAAGCUCGGACCGAGGUUCGACGCUGGCAGCGUCAUCCCGUCCGACUUCCACGUCGUGGCUCACGGCAAUAACUACUGCGUCUGGGAGAAGAGCGGCCUUAGGGUGCCGGCCGGGCGGCGCUAGCUAGCUAGACGUUAGCAACUUCGCACCGGCGGCCAGACCGUUGUACUCCUACAAGAAAUGUUUGUUCCAGUUCGUAGACCACGCAAUAAAGUUUGUACCCCUACCGCUCUCCUUCCAACUUUGCGGAAGGAGCGUGAGCUAUCAAAUAUAUUAAUUUUACAAGUUUGAUAUUGGGAAA